CCGGCGACGACGUUCGGCCCGCGCGCUUGCUUUCACGCUCGCCUCGGCAAACGAAUUCUCGAUCAUCGAUCAUGACACGCGGGCGGACGAGGACGUGCAGGUGAAAGACGUUUCCCGCGAUCCCUAUCCGUCUAUCUGACCGAAGAGGAACACGCGGCGCAGUGCCACCGCAAGGAAGAGAAGAAGAAAGAGGAGAAGACGAAGAGAAGAAGAAAGAGGAGAGAGAUCGAUAUCGGGCCGGAUAUUGCCGGAAGAUCUAGUUGGUGGUGACAAAAUUUAUUGUGGAGAGUUUGUGGAGGGUUUAACACGCAUCCGGCUGAGGAGCAAGAUGUGGCACUUGACGUGCGUCGACGACUUUUUAAACCGCGCGUUUUACAAGGUUGGCCUCUGUGUCGGUCGACAUCCCGGCUACUUCAUAAUCGUGCCGAUACUGUUGGCGUGCAUAUGCUUUACCGGUUACCAGAGGAUACACUACGAAAUCGACCCGGAAUACCUCUUCUCGCCCGUCAACGGACCCGGCAAGACCGAGCGAGCGAUAGUCGAGCAGUACUUCAAAGUCAAUUACAGCCACCAAUUCAAUCUUGGUCGUAUCACACGACCAGGCCGAUUCGGUCAUGUAAUCGUAAUUCCCAAGGAUGGCGGGCAUAAUAUGCUGAAGAGCGCGAUUUGGCAGGAGUUGAGGGAGCUCGACUGGUUAAUCAGGAAUGUCACAGCAAAAUACGAGGACGAAGAAUUUAUCUAUGAUCAAAUUUGUGCACGAUGGCUCGACCAGUGUUUCACCAACGACAUCCUGAAUCUUCAUCACAUAAUAAAGGAUGUAGAGAGGCGAGAGCUAAAUCUGACGUUUCCGGUGAUGUUCAAUCCGGUCACCUGGGACGCUCAUCUGUUUCCGGUAUUCUUCGGCGGAAGCGUCGUCAAUAAUGAUUUCAUCAUAGAAUCGGCGCCCUCGGUGCAGCUCGCCUACUUCAUCACCGCCGACAGUCCACGGCAGGAUGCAAUCGGUGCUGCUUGGGAAGAGGCUUUUUUGGAUGUCGUCGGCAAGGCCGAGGAUGAAGGUGCAUUUAAGCAUAUUAGUAUCGCGAGAUUCGCCUCGAGGACCCUCGAGCUGGAGCUCGAGGCCAACACGAAGACGAUCGUGCCGUAUUUCACCAGCACGUUCAUCAUAAUGGCCCUGUUCUCAGUCGUGACGUGCAUGAUGACCGAUUGGGUGCGCAGCAAACCUUGGCUCGGUCUUCUGGGCAACAUCUCUGCCGCCAUGGCAACAGUUGCCGCUUUUGGAUUGUGCAUUUACCUGGGGAUCGACUUCAUCGGCCUCAAUCUUGCCGCACCAUUCCUCAUGAUAGGAAUAGGGAUCGACGAUACUUUUGUCAUGCUAGCAGCCUGGAGAAGGACAAGUAUCUCCAAACCAGUGCCUGAAAGGAUGGCAUCGACAUUGAGCGAGGCUGCCGUUUCUAUUACUAUCACAUCCUUGACGGAUAUGAUAUCUUUCUUCAUUGGGAUCUUGUCGCCCUUCCCUUCGGUUCAAAUUUUUUGCAUUUAUUCAGGUUUCGCAGUGGUGUUUACUUUCCUGUUUCACAUAACAUUCUUCAGCGGGUGUGUGGCGAUCAGUGGUUAUUGCGAACAAAGAAAUUUGCACAGUGUUAUCUGUUGCAAAGUGCAGCCGCUCUCUAAAUCCACUCAUCGAUCGUGGCUGUACAGAGCGUUGUGUUCCGGCGGGAUUGAUCCUGACAAUCCUGACAAUCCGAUUGAUAAUCCUGAACACGGAUGCAUGACUUGGUUCCGCGAUUAUUUGGCAGCUGCACUAAAUUAUAGCCCUGUGAAAGCGAUCAUCAUCCUCAUUUUUGUGUGCUAUCUUAUUGGUGCACUUUACGGACUCACGAAUCUUAAGGAAGGCCUCGAUCGACGCAAACUUUCCAAGGAAGAUUCCUAUUCGAUCGCCUUUUACGACCGCGAGGAUUAUUAUUUUAGAGAAUUUCCUUACAGGAUACAGGUCGUCAUAUCUGGUGAAUACGACUACAGUAAUCCAGUGAUUCAGCAGCAAAUAGAGAACUUGACGAGCAGUCUCGAAGCGAGUAAGUACAUCAGUGCUCCUGUCUACACCGAGAGCUGGCUCCGUAGCUUCAUCAGCUAUGUAACGCGCAAUCAGGAGUAUCUGAACGCGACCAUCACAGACGAGCACGACUUCAUCAAGAAUCUCAAGGAGCUCUGGCUCUUUCCUAACAGCGCCUUCUCUCUGGACGUUAAGUUCGACGACACGAACGAGAAAAUCGUCGCGAGCCGGUUCCUGAUACAGGCGGUGAAUGUAAGCGGCACCAAUCAAGAGAAGGACAUGGUGAAGGAGCUGCGUGGCAUAUGUGCGGCAUCGCCGCUCAACGCGAGCGUGUUUCAUCCGUACUUUGUGUUCUUCGACCAAUUCGAGCUGGUAAGACCGACCAGCAUUCAGUGCAUGAUAUUCGGCGCGCUCGUGAUGAUGCUCAUCAGCUUCAUCUUCAUCCCGAACAUCUUCUGCUGCCUGUGGGUUGCCUUCUGUAUCGUAUCGAUCGAGCUAGGAGUUGCCGGUUACAUGGCUCUGUGGGACGUCAAUCUUGACAGCAUCUCUAUGAUCAAUCUGAUCAUGUGCAUUGGCUUCAGCGUCGACUUCACUGCACACAUCUGUUAUGCCUACAUGAGAUCGAAGCAGCCUCGGGCGGAGGAUCGAGUCAAAGAAAGCUUGUAUAGCCUGGGUCUGCCGAUCGUUCAGGGAGCCGCUUCGACGAUACUCGGUCUGAUGGCCCUCCUAUUGGCCGGUACCUACAUCUUUCUGGUAUUCUUCAAGAUGGUCUUCCUCGUGAUCUUUAUUGGCGCCAUGCACGGUAUGUUCCUGCUGCCGGUGUUGCUGUCCCUCUUCGGGCCUGGCAUCUGUAUUGGCGGUGGAAACGAGCCCGAUGAAGCAGAAAAUACGAAGAAUAGCACGCAGGAGAAAGAAUUGCAGGCGAGCAAGCUGCAACUGCAACAACAGCAGCAGAAGCAACAGUCGCCCUACGUGAUCCCGCUUCCUCAUCUAGUCUAUUAUGGUCCGGGCGACAUCAAACCACUCCAAGAUAGUCCCGUGAUGAGUAUGGCGGUGUUCGAGGAGAGGGAUCCCGGUUUGGGCACCAGCGAAGACAGCAACUCGACCGAGAGCGGUUCUUCGCAGAGUAGGCGGCGCCAGUGCAAGUCUUCUCAGGAACAGCCUCAGGAGCAACAGGACCAACAAUCGAAUCAAAUCCGCCACGAUAUGUGGAGGAGAUCCAUCGGCGUCUUAUACGGACUGUCGCAGUUCCAGUCCGCGAUCGACGAACCCCAGCAUCCAGCGCCGGACUAUCCCGGCGCCGAAGCGCAACCACGAGAUUCGGGCGAGGACAAUGGUCCGCGAACAGCCAACGUUUCUUGCUUAGGACCUUACGUUGCGUAUCGCCACUCGAAUCAGUUACCGUGCGAUUACAGACGCAGUAGAUCCCACCACAAUCUGCAGUAUCCUGCAUCAACGCGGCAUUUUACGGAUCCCCGGUAUCCUUAGAGGGAAUUGCGAGGAAAUAGUGUGAAAGAUAGAUAUUGUCGACAUGGGAGAUUCCUCAAAUUCAGUCCCUUGGAGCAAGACUAAUAGUUUUGAGAAGAAAGAACUGUAAUAUUAUCUCGAGAAAAGAUCGACAUCGAAUCCGCAGACAAUCGUAACAUCCAAAAAUAGUGCGUCCAUUUUCCCUAUAUAUUCUACUUUUAAUUCCCAUUUCGGAACCUCAAAUAAAACCAUAUUGCCAGAGAAAGAGAAACAGAUAGGGAGAGAAUCAAUUUUAGGAAAUAUCAAAUCUGAAAUACGUAAACUCGAAUACGUAAAAUAUCUCGUAUAUAAUUGAUUAAUUCCUCCCAAUAAUAUUUUUCUAUUCUUAUUCGACGAAUGGCCAGUACAUGUAAAUGUUUGCUAAGCAUUACGAGCAAUUAAUAUUAAGAGAUAUUUUAUUUUGGAUUUGAAAUCUGGGCGAGAGAUAACUAUAAUUAUAACGAUGUUCGAUUACAUGAUAGUUCUGUGAGGCCAUGCAAAGAAAAGAAAAACAAAUAGAAAAUUUGUGCGACAUUUUGUGCAAAUACUUAGAUAUUUAGUUUCAAAGGGCUGAAUUUCAAGAGGAUUUUACUCUCAAACAGCGGAAGUAAAG